AUGGACGCGAUUGCUGAUGAGAUCACGGUGCGAGGUGGAGAUUCCAUCACUGCAACGCGUCGGUCUGCAAGACCCAUGAAGCCGACUGCUAAACUGCAAGAAAAUCUACAAGCGACCGAGAAGACCGAUGCGACAAGGAACAGGAGACCACAUAGAUUGAAUGAAGGUGGAAAUGGAUGUGAGAAUGGACUGACCAAGAGGGCCGGAGAACCACAGAUGACGGCAGAAGGCGCGAUGGGCAACAAUGCGUCGCUCAUGCAGCUCAUGCUUCGAGCGAUGAAGAAGAUGUUGGAAAGACUCUGGGACACGUUAAUGGAGAACAAGCGGACGGCAACGCAGAUGAUGAGUGAACAGCUGGAGAUGAUACGCCAGCUUCAGCAGGAGAUGAUACGCCAGCUUCAGCAGGAGAUGAUACGCCAGCUUCAGCAGGAGAUGAUACGCCAGCUUCAGCAGGAGAUCCAGACGAUCAAGGCCCAGGCAGCCGAAGAAUUGAAGAAGACGGAUGAACAAUGUACCAGGCAGCUGGAGAUAAUGCGAGAGCAGACAAGCCCUUUUUAG